AGAUUAUCGGCCGUUGUAGUUUACACGCGCUACCUAUAAAUGAUCGAAAACAAUCGGUUUGUGUGGAUAAACACAGCAGAAUCAAACUACAUCUAAGGUUCAGGAAAGGUUUUUUGAAAAUAAUCAUGAGGUUUGACAAACUUUUGUCAAAGUUUCUGUUCAACAACGAAUACAACUCUUUACAGAUGGAAAGCUAUGCUGCGAAACAAUCUUGUCCUUCUGUCCACUUUCAUAGGAAUUGCAGUAGGGAUCAUCCUGGGUGUCAUGCUAAAUUUCCUUACUGUCCCAGAACCUAUUUUAUUGUGGAUAGGUCUACCUGGGGAACUUUUUAUCAGAUCAUUAAAUUUUGCUGUUAUCCCUCUGAUAACCACGAAUAUAAUGUCAAUGUCGUCUAAGCUGAAGCCUUCAGUGCAAGGGAAAAUGGCGUUACUUGCGCUGGGAUACUGUGUUUUGAUGAAUAUUUGUGGGGCUUUUCUUGGUCUCGGUAUUACCGCACUUAUCGACCCAGGUGGUAGAUUCACUAAAAGUGUUAAAACGUUGGAUGGAUUGUCAAAAGGCUCCAGGAAAAUCGAAAUAUCGGACGUAUUUCUAGACUUCCUCAGAAAUAUGAUUCCUGAUAACAUUGUUAGGAUGUUUUUGUUUUCGAUAGUUACAACAUACGAGCCAGUUAAAUCUUUUCCUAACCCCAAUAGUAAUUCAUCUUCAGCGAUAAUAUACAAACGAGUAAUCGAGCAUGCGGCACAAACAAAUAUCCUAGGAUUGUUUACCACUAGCCUUGUUAUUGGUUUAGUUGCUGGGUCUCGAAGGGAAAAAUUGCGUCCAUUAAUUGCAUUAUUUGAGUGCAUUUCCGAAAUAAUGACUAUUAUUAUUGAGUUUAUUAUCAAAUUGCUCCCAAUCGCCAUGAUUAGUUUAAUCGCAUAUGCAAUCGCACGAAUGGAAAGAAUUGGAGAUAAUUUUAUCGCUUUAAUUCUGUUCGUUGCAUCGUCAAUUACAUUUCUUUCAAUCAUUGUACUUGUGAUCAUGCCAGUAUUUUUCUUCAUAGCAGUAAGACGAAAUUUAUUUCGCUUCUAUUACUAUUUAUCUGAGCCUGUAUUGACUGCUUUCAGUUCGACCAGUUCUUUAAUUGCUCUUCCACAACUUUUUCAAGUUUGUGAUCGUUAUGGAAUUGAGUCAGAUUUAGUACGAACUGUAGCACCAUUUCUCACAAGCUUCAAUGCAAAUGGAUCUGCUGCAUUUAUUGCAUCUGCUGUUUGCUUUGUAGCCCAAUUAACUAAACAACCUUUAAAUGCUGGUCAGUUUAUUGCAAUUGGAUUUUUAUCCGGUGUCAAUGUGAUGGCACUGCCUGCAAUUCCAAGUGCAAGUAUUAUAACUGUUAUUUUAAUAACACGCGCAUUUGACAUUUCUGAAUCUACCUCCGUGUCAUUACUUUUUGUCACUGAGUUUAUUGCUGAUCGAUUACGUACCGUUGUAAAUGUUAUGAGUCAUGGUACUUGUGUUUUAUUCAUUCAUAUGAAGUUAUACCAGGUGAGUUCUACGUCGAAUAUUCAAAAUCAUUUGAUUCAAACCACAGAAGUUGUCAACGAGACAACAUCAUCCAACAAUCUAUCAUAGCUGCUGUUAAACAAUUCAUUGAUUAAAGGAAAAUAGUGUUUGGUUGUUGUUUUCUUGCUUGUUUUUUCUGUUCACUAAAGUACAUCCUUGUAUUAUUUAUGUUUUACCUAUUGGUCUUUUUCACUGUGAUAACUAAUUUGUUUAAUUUAUGUCGAAUAAUACCUACCCUUUGCUAUGUUUACCAAAGAUGUAUUUUUAUUUCAAGUUUGUGAUAUUUUCAUCUAAGAGGACAAUUUUUCUAGAUCAUACGAUGAAUAAAUUCGAAUAAAACUUGGUAAAACUUAGACUAGUUUUUACAGGGUACUAACUAACCAGUAGCUUCAUUACAUAAACUUCUAGCCAGGUUUACUUUUCAUUUUAAUUAUAAACAGUCAUAAGGAUUGUUACAAGUUUACUUUUUUGUUCUGUAUAUUUUUGUCAUUUAUUUUUUUUAAUUUUCAAGAAUAAACAUACUUAGUUCAUUAUUCUAUUAUUUUUGUUUGAUAAGUACAUGUAUUUAUCGUUUACAUAGUAUCAAGUGGUUUUUGUUGAAUGUUAAACAAACCAUUAGAAUUCUUAACUUCAAUAUAACAUUAGUCUUAUUCAAUAAAAUAUAAACACUUGUAAGUAGAGUGUUAUGGAUAAGUCUUCAGUUUUAAGGUCAGUAUAACAAUGUAAUACUAUUUUUUAAAUAGUAUUCUAUUCGAAUUAAUUAGUUAAGUGGGAAGGGUCUAAUAUAUUUAUCUAUUGUUAUAUUAGUUUACAAUUUUGAAAAGCUUCAAUGAGUAUUCACAAAAUUUAAUAGAACAUAAUAGGACUAAACGGCCGUCUAGUGCUUCCAGGUUUUCAAUGGCGGUCUAACUUAGAUCGGUUCGUGAUUUUAAUGGAACCUUAAAUAUAAU